AUGGCCUCAAGAGUCCUCUACCGGUCAUUCCACCCCCUCAUGCGGAGCGCUCGCUCGCCCAUCCUCUCCAGCGCCCGUCCGAACCCAACCCUCCUUCUCCGGCGCUCGGUGCCGAAAGUCCGAUUCAACAGCAGCAACAGCAUCAACACUACCGCUGCGCCGGCACCGUCGCUGUCGCAGCGCCUCAAAGCGCUUUCGAAGGAGUACGGAUACUCGGCGCUCGGCGUGUACCUGGCGUUGUCUGCGCUCGAUUUCCCAUUCUGUUUCCUGGCGGUGAGGUAUCUGGGGACUGAGCGGAUUGGGCACUGGGAGGAGGCGGCGGUUGGGUUCGUGAAGCCGUAUUGGACGGCGCUGAGACAUAGUGUGGGGUUUCCCGCGGCGGAGAAGGUGAAGGGGGAGGAGGAGCCUGGCAGGUGGGAUGAGGUGGAGGGUGCGGAGAGGGAGGUCGAGAGGAGUGCUAGUCUCUGGACAGAGCUGGCACUCGCAUACGCGAUCCACAAAUCCUUCAUCUUCAUCCGAGUCCCGUUAACUGCGGCUCUUACUCCAAGGGUUGUCAAGGUGCUCAGAGGCUGGGGAUGGGAUAUUGGCAAGAAGGGAAAGCCAAAGAUCGGAAAGAUCCCUGAUGUCGGCGACCACAACCGGAAACAUCAUAAAGCGCGUAUGGUACACCUUCAAGUCCUACCGUCUGCCCUGGCGCAGGCAGACAUUCAUCGGUCCUCCUCCUACUCCUCCAAUUCUACUUCUCUAUCAAGUGGAUAUAGACGUAUAGGAAGUAGUGCUGAUAUGGACUCCGUAAAAAUAGGCAUGGACCUCGACGGAAACACAUACUGGGAAAUGAACGACAAGCUCAACCGCGGGCGCCCCCGACGCAUGGUAAAAUACAAAGACCACCAGCAGGACUACGUCGACUACAAACUCACCCCCCAAUGGCAUCAAUGGCUGCGCGCAACCCGCACCGACCCACCCACAAUCUCCGAGCUCGAGGGCGACAUCGUGCGCAUCCAGCAGCUGAAAGUCAAUGCCGCACUUGCCGACGCCCGCUGGGCAGCGAAGCCCUCACUACUCAAUGUUGGGCCACACCCGCCGCCGGAGAGCGUGCUGGAGAGUAAUACGAAGUUUGCGGGCGACAGUGGGAUGAUGAAGGAUCAGACGCUGGGGCGGGGCGAGGUGGGCUCGGAUCUGGGCGGGAAGAACGCGGAGAGAAAGACUGUGGAGGGGGGGAGUACGGCUGGGAGGGCGCAUGGGAGUGGUGUUAAGGGUGGAGAUGAAGGAAAGGGUGGGGUGGUGAAGGAGAGAGAUCCAUGGAAAAAUGCGGACAAUAGAACGGGGGGGUUUAUGCCUGGGGAAUGGAUUCCGAAUAAGGUGCGCAGGUAG